AACAGCAAACUAAUGGUAUUUUAACUCAAAACAUAGAAUUGUUGAAGGAACAAAACGUGUGUGUCUGUCUUACAAGGUUUAGUAGUGACUAUGGAGCAGAGCAUUGGUGGACAAUCUAGCAUACAAUGCAUAUUUCUACGCAAGGACUGCUUCUCCUCAAAGCUCGCGUCUCUUCCAACUUCUCCUUCCGAGAUGCCCUUUGGUCACAACCGUUGGUUUCGCAGGUUGUCGGUUUUUCCACGUUUGCAACUAUGUCAAGGGCUGAGAAAGGGUUUCUCCAAAAACAUGGCUUGCAGUGUCAGUGUGGAUAAUUGUGAUACGGUUCAUCCAGCAACAGAUGCUUAUGCUGGAGAGGCAGUUGAAGCUUUGAAAGCUGGGAAAGUCAUUGCAGUACCAACUGAUACACUCUAUGGAUUUGCUUGUGAUGCUUGCUCAAUGGAAGCAGUUAACAGAAUUUAUGAGAUUAAAGGCCGUAGACAUACAAGCCCAGUGGCUAUUUGUGUCGGUGACGUAUCAGAUAUAGCCCGUUUUGCUGUCACUGAUCAUUUACCUCAUGGUCUGCUUGAUUCCCUCCUACCUGGGCCUGUUACAGUUGUUCUAAAUCGAGGGGAUUCAAGUAUUCUUGAACGAUCUUUGAACCCAGGAUUUGAUAGUAUAGGAGUUAGAGUGCCUGAUUGCAAUUUCAUCAGGAUCAUUGCCCGUGGUUCAGGAACUGCCCUAGCCCUUACCAGUGCAAACCUAAGUGGCCAGCCAAGUAGUCUUUCCAUCAAAGAUUUUGAGAACCUCUGGGAACACUGUGCUUUUGUUUAUGAUGGUGGUUUGAUUCCAUCAAGUCGUGCAGGUUCAACAAUUGUGGACCUCACCACACCACACAAAUACAGAAUACUUAGACCUGGAAGUGCAAAGGAAGAGACAGUUGCCAUCUUGGAGAAGCAUUCUUUCGUUGAGGCAGAGACCACGUAACAUAAGUUGUGAUUCAUUUGCAGUGUCACGUUCUAGCUAGGCCUAAUGUUUCACUUGCAAAAAAAAAAACGCGUUAUAAAUGUAUGGUCAUUGUGCUUCAACUAAGUUAUUCUAUUCUAUUUCCAUUAAUAGCAUAGCAAUACAUUCAUAUAAAACUUCUAUCUAGAGCACGUGCUAUGGAAUUGUUGAGAAACUAGUAAAAUCCAAUUCUAUGAAUCAUUUGAUGUAUGGAUAGCAUUAUUGUUAUAAUGAAAAACCAAUCAUUACUGCAGGGAAUAUUUGAAA